CAAUCGGGCGGCGGUGCCGGGGCGGGCUCAGGGCGGGCUCCGGCCGCAGUUCCAAUCGGGCGGCGGUGCCGGGGCCAUGCACCGCGUCACUGCCGCUUCCUCGGCGGGCUAUUCGAGGGCGAUGGCGGCGGCCGCUGUCGGUGGCGCUGCGGGCGGGUGGGACGCGCUGGCGGCGGGCGCGGAGCUGGAGCAGUCGCUGUCGCUGCUGGACUCGAGCGGCGGGCAGGCCGAGCAGCAGCAGCUGGAGCGGCGGGCGGGCCCGGUCCCCAUGCCCAUGGUGUUCAUGUGCGCCGGCUGCAGGCGGCCCGUGGGCGACACCUCCAGCUGGGUGCUCAAUGACGAGGAGAGCGGCUGCAUCCUGCUGCGCAGUGCGGCCGCCAGCGUCGCCGUGGAUCCCGAGCGGAAGGUGUCCAAGCUGCCCGGCGAGUAUGGAUGCAUGGUAGAAACCUUAUUCUGCUCUGGCUGCUCAAAGACACUUGGGAGCAUCUACAGGUGCACCUCCAAGAAUCUUGACUACAAGAGAGAUUUAUUCUGUUUUAGCAUUGACUCUGUUGAAAGCUAUAUUGUAGGAACCCCGGGAAAGCAAGCUCUUACUGAUGAGGAACCGCUUACUCUGGAAAGUCAAGCUGUCUUGGAAGAGUUGCUGCAAAGGAUAGAUACCAUAUUCAAAGCUCUGGAGACAAGACUGACUGCUGUUGAGUCACGUGUGGCUGCUCUGCACAGGCAAGUCUGAAAGGAAAUACCUGUGGAGCUGCAGGAGAAUGGUGACUGUGAAACUUGUCCUUGUAAUGCCCUGGGAUCUGKGGAAACAUUGGAAAGACUGUCACAGAGCUGAAAGCCUUGGGUGGCCUGUACUGUGGGGGAGCAGUGCUGACCAAAGCUGAGUCCCGGCCCAGGUGUUCCUCUUCUGUCUCCUAAGAGGAUCCCCCAGAGUKUUUUUCUUAAUAAAGACUUCUGAUCAGUCAA